GGUUUAUUUAAGUGUUGCUAAUAAAAGCGACCGACCGGGCGCCUCUUCUUGUUCGUCGGUGGGCGUAUUCAGUUUAUAAUAAUUGGUGUGCCGCAGAUAAGGCGUAUUCGUAAACAAACGACGGCAAACGCAAGCAAACAUGUUGACACUCGGCUCGUAAGGCCAGCGGCUCCAUUCAGUCGUCUGUUGGAUGUCCAUCUAGCCGGAGCCCUCGAUUUCCGCGGACUGUGCGUGGUGCGGCUAAAUUCAAUUCGUGCUAAAAAUGCGACAAGUUCCCAGGCAUUUCGAAUAGCCAGACGGUCGAGCAAAAGUGUUGAAUUCUCGAAUAGAAAACGAAUUGGGCGAAUUCAGCGGUUUCCAAUUGGAGUAGAAACGUGAUCCCGCGUGCAAACACACAUGCAAAAUAAAUACACAAAUAGCAAACACCUGCAUGUGUGAGUGAGCAGGCACAUGCUGUUUCUGCUUGCCCUCGCAUUUUUUGUGAAUGAACUGGAAAACGCGCUAGUUUAGCACGGAUAGUAUUGAUCUUUGUGCCGCGGGUCAACGUAAUUACUCGCAAAAUGAAGGCCACCAUCGAUAAGGAGCUGCUGCCCAUGAAGGCGCACUACUUUCUCUUCAACGCCGGCACCGCGCCCGUCGUCCCCUUCAUGCCCACCCUGGCCGGCCAAUUGGGCUACUCCCCCGCCGUCGUGGGCACCAUGUACACCAUCCUGCCCAUCAUCGGAAUGCUGGCGAAGCCCCUAUUCGGUUACAUUGCCGACCGGUACCAUCGCCAUCGACCCCUUUUCCUGAGUGGCCAGGUCCUCACGGGCAUCGCCUUCUUCCUCAUCAUGUUUGUGCCGGGCAUGGAGAAGCCGCUGCCCAACGUGGAGUUCCACUGCCACCAGGGCGUCUCCGACGUGCGAUUCUGCUCGGAGUACGGCGAGUGCGAGAAAAGGAAUCUGGAGCAAUACUACGGGAACAGGACGCUGCAGUGCCAAUUGAACUGCGAGGCGCAGCCCUUCAUGUGGGAUAUUGUGUGUGAAGAUUGGCUAAAGAACAGCACGGAUAAUUGUGCCGCCAAUCGGACCAACACCCAGAUGGAAUUCGGUACGAGCAUCAGCAUGCAAAGAAUUGAGAAGGAUAACAGUUGCAUGUUCUUCAUGAUUCCUCACGAUCAGGGCCAGAUUGCAGGCCAGAAUGUCACGUUGUAUUGUCCAACGGAGAAGGAGUACUUCAAGUCCAACUGCACCAUGGACUGCCAUGAGGACUACCUCAAGGAGCAGCUGGCGGAGAGUCCGGUGAUUAACACGAGCAGUGCCAUGGCCAUGCCGCAGUUUUGGUUGUUCUUUGGCCUGCUCAUCCUCAGCUGGAUCGGCAUGGCGGUGGUGGUCAGCAUUGGUGACGCCAUAUGCUUUGGCAUCCUCGGCGAUCGUCAUCACCUGUAUGGCAAGCAGCGUCUGUGCGGCUCCCUGGGAUGGGGAGUUUUUGCCCUGUUGGCCGGCCUACUUGUGGAUCACAUGUCCGUGGGCGAGGUGAACAAGAACUACACGGCCGUGUUCUGGAUGGCUUUGCUUAUCAUGGGAUUCGAUGUUUUCGCAUCAUCCAAGCUGAGACACACACCAACACAUUUGUCGUCCAACAUAUUGAAGGAUGUGGGUCAGAUGUUCCUCUCCGUGCGCUGCGUCGUCUUUUUCCUGUGGUGCGUUGCCAUUGGACUGGGAACGGCGCUGAUAUGGAACUUCUUAUUCAUAUACCUGGAGGAGCUGGACAAGGCGUAUGAGGAAUGCGGCAGCUCAAUUAAGACCUUGGAGGGCUUAGUCAUGGGCAUUCAGUGCUUUGGCGGCGAACUGCCGUUCUUCUUUCUGUCCGGAUGGAUUCUGAAGAAGAUUGGUCAUGUGAAUGCCAUGAGUCUGGUGCUUUUCGGAUUCGGAGUGAGAUUUAUUCUCUACUCGAUGCUGCAGAAUCCCUGGUACAUCCUGCCCAUCGAACUGAUGAACGGGGUGACCUUCGGUCUUUUUUAUGCCACAAUGGCCUCCUAUGCGAGCAUUGUGGCACCGCCAGGAACCGAUGCCACCAUGCAGAGUCUGGUUGGAGCGAUAUUCGAAGGCGUCGGUGUGUCAAUGGGCAGUUUGAUCGGUGGACAGCUCUUUGAGGCGGUCACUGCACGCCACACCUUUGAGAUCUUCGGAAUAGGUGCCUUUAUUAUCUUUGUGAUCCACGUUUGCAUUCAGCUGUAUCUUCAGCGCAACAGCAACAUCGACGAAAAUGGUAAGGGUACGGUCGCUUCUGACACUGCCAAUGCCAAUGCCACUGCCUCACCCUCUGCACCCUUGGAGACAGACAUUCCUAAAAAUACUGACCAUAAAGACGGUGACGGGUUCCGCGAAGUCGACCUGAGUUGAUGGUGACCGUGAUCACCCUCCUGAAUUUUGUAGUCUUAUAUACAUUGACGGAUUUAAAUUGAACUAACGAAGCCCUAGCACCCUUAAGUAUUAACCAUAACCAUAAACUAUUCAAUGCAGUGUAGCCGGUAACAAGUUCCACAUGGCCAUUGUACUUAAAACCAUCAUAUAUUUUGUAAGAUCUGCCAUAGAUUUUAUAAUAGAAUAUUUGACGGUAACAGACCAAUAAUUCUCAAACUGAAUUUAACAUAUUGUCGUCCUAUUAAAUAAGUUUUGUAAUACUGAAGCAAAAUGAUGAUAGCCAUAUCAUGUUUUUUCCAUUCAAAUGUAUGCGAACUGAAGAAAACGUUAACAAAUAAAAUGGGUAUUAAUAUUCUUUAAAAAGAGAAAA